AUGGGGCGCUGGGGUCUGGACUUUGCUUUCCAAGAGCUGCGUCCCCGGGCCCCCGCCAGUCCACCUCCUCCCAGAACAUACAUAUCCCCAAUCUUCCGGCUGAGCGAAUCUCCAACCUGGCUUGCCCGCGUAGAUGGCUUUCUGGCUAUUUUUGGUCCUUAGUGACCAACUUUCGUGGUCGGGUUCAGGCUGCCCCCUCUUGGCGGGUGAGGAGGUGGGACAAAGUCACCAUCCGAGCAGUUUCAUCUCUGAUCCUGAGGUCCAGUUGAGCCGGGAAAAUUUCCUCAGCUCUGGACUGGGGGUUCACUUUUGAGGAUCUGGUGCAUGCCUAGGCCUGGGUUCCAAAGAGAGGCUUCUCGAAACACUUAAAGGGCCCGGCUGUACUGGAGGACUCCGGACACGAUUUGGGCAGUGGCUGAGUGCUGUCUUGUGGCCUGAAUGGAAGCAUGGGGGUAGGAGCAGCUUUGACGUGACCUUUCUUCCUGGAGCAAGCCUGGUUUGGGUUUAUGUCUUUAGUGGCUUUUCCUAGGAGCCCCAGGCCAUUGGCAAGGCUGUGCCUCCUGCGGAGGAGGGGCCUGGGAGUUAGCUCUGCCCUCUGUCCCUUCUCUGCUCCUAACCUGCCCUGUGACCUUGGGCGGGUACUACGGUCAAACUAGGUCUUAUCCACAGUAUAUAUAAUUCUGUAAUCCUUACCUCUUGUAACACAAGCCCUAAAUAUGAAGAGGAACUUGUAUCCUUGGUAAAGCCAGAGAAGGGAUGUCCAGAAUCCUAACUUAGCAGCUGGGAUAAAAAGCCACAUGUUCCUUUUCCGGGUGAAGGCUCAGAGAGAUGAGCUUCCCAUCUCCUGUGAUCCUCUUCCUAGGGUUGGUUUGCGGUUUUCCCAUCCUGUGCUUCCCAGCAGAGCGAAGUUUCACAGGGAGAGUGAGUGGGCUCUGCUGGCCACCCUCCUGCACUGUCUGGAAAUUUCCCACCCUGGGUGGGCUUUGACUGUGCCGAGGCUUGAGGCGAAGUUCCUGGGAGCCGGAGCUGGAAGAGGACAACGCAUCCUUUUAGGGCUCAUUUAGUCACCAUGAAGCUGCUGCACCCGGCCUUCCAUAGCUGCCUCCUGCUGACCCUGCUCGGCUUCUGGAUACCCAGCCCCGAGGCCCACGCUUCCUCCCCAGGCACACCCACUCUCAGCGCUGCCUCCUUCCUGCAGGACCUAAUGCGUCGCCACGGUGAGGGUGACAGCCUCACUCUGCAGCAGCUGAAGGCCCUGCUCAACCACCUGGAUGUGGGGGUGGGCCGGAGUAAUGUCACCCAGCACGUGCAGGGACACAGGAACCUCUCCACGUGCUUUAGUUCUGGAGACCUCUUCGCUGCCCACAAUUUCAGCGAGCAGUCACGGAUUGGGAGCAGCGAGCUCCAGGAGUUCUGCCCCACCAUCCUCCAGCAGCUGGAUUCCCGGGCCUGCACUUCAGAGAACCAGGAAAAUGAGGAGAAUGAGCAGACGGAGGAGGGGCGGCCGAGCGCUGUCGAAGUGUGGGGAUACGGUCUCCUCUGCGUGACCGUCAUCUCCCUCUGCUCCCUCAUGGGGGCCAGCGUGGUGCCCUUCAUGAAGAAGACCUUUUACAAGAGGCUGCUGCUCUACUUCAUAGCUCUGGCGAUUGGAACCCUCUACUCCAACGCCCUCUUCCAGCUCAUCCCCGAGGCUUUUGGUUUCAACCCUCUGGAAGAUUAUUAUGUCUCCAAGUCUGCAGUGGUGUUUGGGGGCUUUUAUCUUUUCUUUUUCACAGAGAAGAUCUUGAAGAUUCUUCUUAAGCAGAAAAAUGAGCAUCAUCACGGCCACAGCCAUUAUGCCUCCGAGACGCUUCCCUCCAAGAAGGACCAGGAGGAGGGGGUGAUGGAGAAGCUGCAGAACGGGGACCUGGACCACAUGAUUCCUCAGCACUGCAACAGCGAGCUGGAUGGCAAGGUGCCUGUGGUGGAUGAGAAGGUCGUUGUGGGCUCUCUCUCUGUGCAGGACCUGCAGGCAUCCCAGAGCGCUUGCUACUGGCUGAAAGGUGUCCGCUAUUCUGACAUCGGCACUCUGGCCUGGAUGAUCACUCUGAGCGAUGGCCUCCACAAUUUCAUCGACGGCCUGGCCAUCGGUGCCUCCUUCACUGUGUCAGUUUUCCAAGGCAUCAGCACCUCAGUGGCCAUCCUCUGUGAGGAGUUCCCACACGAGCUGGGAGACUUUGUUAUCCUGCUCAACGCUGGGAUGAGCAUCCAACAGGCUCUAUUCUUCAACUUCCUUUCUGCCUGCUGCUGCUACCUGGGUCUGGCCUUUGGCAUCCUGGCCGGCAGCCACUUCUCUGCCAACUGGAUUUUUGCGCUGGCUGGAGGAAUGUUCUUGUAUAUUUCUUUGGCUGAUAUGUUCCCUGAGAUGAAUGAGGUCUGCCAAGAGGAUGAAAGGAAAGGCAGCAUCUUGAUUCCCUUUGUCAUCCAGAACCUGGGCCUCUUGACUGGAUUCACCAUCAUGCUGGUCCUCACCAUGUAUUCAGGACAGAUCCAGAUUGGGUAGGGCCCUGCCAAGAGCCUGUGGGACCGGAAGUCGGGCCCUGGGCUGCCCGAUCCCCAGCCCGAGGACUCAGCGUCCCAAAAGCAUCACAGAAGAGGCCUUUCCAUUCAAAACUGACACAGACUGUAUUCCUGCAUUCAAAUGUCGGCCGUUUGUAAAAUGCUCUAUCCUAGGAAUAAGCUGCCCUGGUUACCAGCCUCUAGCUUAGUGCCUCUUGCCCUCUCCUCAUCUCCUUUUCUCUCAGUGACUCUGGACCCUGAAUGCAGCUUGUAAGACAAGCCUGACUUUUUUCUCUGAUUACCUUGGCCUCCUUCUCUUGGAACCAGUGCUUAAAGGUUUUGAAUCCUUUAUCCAACAAUGCAAAAAUAGAGCCAGUGGUUAUAACUUGGCUAGAAAUAUCAAGAGGUGAAUCCAUAGCAUGGGGCCAUGACUCUAGCUGGGCACCCUGGACCUCCAGCUGGCCAACAGAAAGAAGAGACAGGAGACAGGAAGCCUUCCCAUUUUUUCAGUCUGUUUAAUUGUCUAUUACUUCUCUCAAAGAGAACCUGAAGUCGGAACAGAUGAGCAGGGUGAGGGGCGAAGCAGGGUUCAUCCUGAAAGGGAGAGGAAGUCGAACCACUGCUUGUGUCUUGUCCAGAUGGUCACUUGUUCCUACUGAGAUGCUGGUUUUGUUUUGUUUUUUUGUUUUUGUUCUUUGAGACAGUCUUGCUCUGUCACCCAGACUGGAGUGCAGUGGCUCGAUCUCAGCCCACUGCAACCUCUGCCUCCCGUCUUCAAGUGAUUCUUCUGCCUCAGCCUCCCAAGUAGCUGGGAUUACAGGCGUGAGCCAAUCUGCCUGGCUAGUUGUUGUAUUUGUAGUAGAGAGGGGGUUUCACCAUGUUGGCCAGGUUGGUCUCGAAUGCAUCACCUCAGAUGAUUCACCUCCCAAACUCAUGAUCUCAAACUCAUGUUCUCGAACUCAUGACCUCAGAUGAUCCACCUGCCUCGGCCUCCCAAAGUGCUGGGAUUACAGGCAUGAGCCACCAUGCCUGGCCGGUUACUGAUUUGGUAACAGCACCUGGUGUUUCAUGGCUGUCAGGUGAGCUAACGUGGAGGUGUGGCUGCCUGGACCUCUUUUAGAUGAACACUGAUAGAACAAAGGGUCAGGCUGUCUGCAAAAAAAACAGUUGGUUUGGCUGUGAUUCUUACCUCCUCUUCCCCACUGCCGUCUUUUACGAAACUUGGUAGCUGCUUCCCUAGAAGCACAUUCGGAGCACAUUUGAGACCUUGUGUUAGAGGGGAGACUGCACAAACUGUCCGCCUCCCGUUGAGAUGUCUGCAGAGUGGCAAGCUGACUUGCAGAACUGGGGUGCCGUUUAUGCUGUACUUAGACAGGGGUAAUCGGAAAUGGAAUGAGUGCAGGCAAAAUUUAGGAUCUGCUGCUUCCAUAAAUCAAAGCAUGACUAACAGGGGUCUCUGAAAUGUAAGGUCACUGACUUCACUUAGGGCAUCACAGAUGUUUGCAGAAUGGCGGGCCUAAUGAUUAUGCUGCACAUGGUUUUUAAUGACCUGUCUAGGUUACUGUUUCCUUGCCAAAAAAAAAAAAAAAAAAAAGUCGAAUCCUGUAUUGAAUUGAAUAUGAAUUGAUCUAACUCUCUUCAGAAAAUGGCUGGAGACACUUGUCUGCAAAACUGUAGGCCAGCCUCUGGCACUGUGGAGCCCUUGCCUCCGAGCGCUGGCUUCCAGGGGAGCUCAUCUCCAGGUUCACUAGGUGAAUUGAUUUAUUAUUAUCAUAUUGAUAAUGUGAGAUUCUUCAGCCACUUUGGGGAGCCUGUCUCUCCAGAAGCCUUUCUUCGUGGUGCCCGCAGUUGUAGCUCAGGGGCCAUGUUUGCAAACUGAUUCACGUGCAUGGCUGGCAGGAGUACUGGUUCACUACCAAUGCCUGAGUUUUUCUCUUCUCACACAGAAAAGCUGUCCACUCUCAGUAAUCACAAGCAGCAUCGAUUUUGUUUUCUCUUCUUGGGAGACAUCUCUCAAACCAGGAAUAUUCUUAAAAAGAGCAUGAGCAGGAAAACUGCUGAUGAUACUUUUUAAGUUUUUUUCUUAUUUUGCCUGUUGGCUUCAAUACAUUUGAGAAUAUGCUGAAGAAGGAAGAUUUCAGUGAUGGAGAUUCUAGAUCAAAUAUCAGGACUGACUCCUGGUAGGGUUAUGGUCCAGUUUUACCAAAGAACCCAUUCCUUGAAUGUUGAAAUCUAACUUUUUGUAUUGUCAAUAUUGUUGUUGUUUUAAAAUGGUUCUUCGUCUUUUCUGUUUUAUUUUUCUCAAACUGCUUUGGGAGCUAGCAGAAAAUAACUCAAAAGUGUAAGACUCUGGAAGAUUUUGCUUUUACCUAAGUCGCACUGAUGUUUUACAUUUGUAAUUUUAGCAUUCCCAGUAGACCCCGCCAUUCCUUAAACAUAAUUCCCUUUGUCUUGGGGUAGAAUACUAAGUUAGAGUUAGUGGAUUUCUAGUUUAGAAGAGGAGCUCAAAGCUAUAAUCUUUAACAAAUUGAAAAAUGAAAUAUGAAAUAGUGUGCUUUCCCUUUCUGUGCGCACCUAUAUUACCUAAAGAAAUUUCCUUUGACAGACAGCUUCCUCUAAGGGAAAUCCUCUUUAAACUGUAAUUGGCGCAGAGGUUGGUUCUAGUUGGAGCUUAGGAGAGGUGGAGACGCUCACAUCAUCGGACUUGAGUUGCCACUGAUUGUGGCAACCGCUGUGCCUCAUAAGUCAAAAAUGGGGCAAUUUAUUUUGCUUUUUAGGUGUUGAAUUUGCUGUUUUAAGUAUUUGUACAUAGUAGAAGUCUAAGGAGUAGCAAGUCGUUGGUUGGGAGAACUUUUUCACCCAGAUGCACCAGCUCCUAUUAAGAAAUUAGCAAAGAAAGUGUAUGUCAGAUGCAGGAACGGUGAGGCAGGGACAGGAGUUCUGCUCCUGCUCCCCUCACCACUGACACGCAACUUGCCCUGUCUUUGCCCCCAAAGGUAUUUUGUGUCUAGUGUCAAAUUGGAGCUGUGCUUCAUUGGUCCUUAACCUUGGGUUUUAAAAAGGCUUCUCUGUUUGGGUAGCGUAAGAACUAAUUAUGAACUGAUUAUAGUAAGUCUUCUUCCAAACAGAUGGCAACAUGUGGAGCAUCUGCUUUAUAAAUAGUUGUCUGAUUUUUGCGAGAGGUUAGGAUUUUAUUGUUCAUAUUUCCCUUUACAGUUCUGCAAUUCCAUCACAGUAUUUUUUUAAACAACUCAGGUAUUAUGAGAAGAAAUUAGAAAAUAAAAUUAACUUAUCUGGACUGUAAAUGUUAUAUUUGUAAGAUUCUAUAAAUAAAGCUAUAUUCUGUAA